AUGGAUUGCCAGCCGGAGGAGCUCCAGUUUCUGGGCAUGUUCGGCAUUUACCGGGAGGCCGCCAAGAUCCUCGCCGGCUGGCGCCGGCUCUUCGCCCAGAUCGGCGCCGCCCUCGUUCUCUCCAUCUCCUUCUUCUUCUUCGCCCACAGUGUCAUCUCCCGCUGCCUCUUCAUCGCCAUCGACCGCGACGAGGCCGUUUUAGACGACUCGCCCCCAGGAUCCACCUCCGAGUCCUACGCCCUCAAUCGCCUGGCGUCCGACAGUGCCUCCUUGUUCCUAUUCAAGGGCGUCUACCUCCUCGCCCUCCUAGUCCUCGCCCUCCUCUCCACCGCCGCGGUCGUCUACUCCGUCGCCUCCAUCUACGCCGGCCGCCGUGACCUCACCUUCCGGAAGGUCAUCGCCGUCGCGCCCCGAGUCUGGCUCCGCCUCAUGUCCACCUUCCUCUGUGCCUUCCUCAUCCUCUUCGCGCUCCACUCCCUCGCCAUCGCGCUGUUCCUCGCCAUCGCCCUCGCCCUCGUCGCUAUUGACAGCUCCGUCACUUCCCCCCUCCUCGCCACUUUGAUCCCGCUCUACGUCGCCUCCCUCAUCUACAUCAGCGUCGUCUGGCACCUGGCCAGCGUGCUCUCCGUGCUGGAGGACGCUCGCGGGCUGGAGGCGAUGCGGCGGAGCCGGCAGCUGAUCCAGGGCAAGCUCCUCCUGGCAUGCGUCAUAUUCUUGAAGCUCAAUUUCUGCUUUGUGUUGGUGGAAUGGGGCUUCCAGUUCCUGUUGGUCAAGUGGAGCACCAACGGCGCAGGGUUCAGCCUGCUUCUGUCCCUCGUGCUGCUGCUGUUGCUGCUGGGCCUUGUGAUUCUCUUCGCCCUCACGGUGCAGACGGUGGUCUACUUCGUGUGCAAAUCGUACCACCACGAGAGCAUCGACAAGACGAACUUGGCGGAUCAUUUGGAAGCGUACGCGGGGGAGUACGUGCGGUUGAAGUCGCAGAAGCUGCAGAUGGAGCAGCCGGGGGUUUGAUUUCUCGAGAUACAAAAUGCAUCCUCCUUCCUCCCUUUGGAAGCUUGUUGAUGGAUUUCAAGUUAUAUGAUUUUCCAUGCACAACAAC